CCUCCCCAAAUCAGCCGCCGCCGGCGCCUCACUCCCCAAACACACCACCAGACGGCCCACCUCCCUCCCUCCCCCCCUCUCACCGCCUCCUCCUCCCCCUGCCAUGGCCGACCCUGUUCCCCCGCCUGCGAAGAGGAAGAAGGAGGGCCCGAUUUGUCUGGAAACCUCGCCGCUCCUUCCGCCCGCAGGCUGGUCCGAUCUGCCGCCCGACCUCGUCCGCCGCGUCGCCGACUCCCUCCUGGCCACCAACGACCUCGACUGGUACAUGGACUACCGCGCCGUCUGCUCCGGCUGGCGCGCCGCCACCGCCGACCCCAGGAGGGCCGCCUCCGACCCCCGCUUCCGCCCGCGCUGCUGGAUCGUCCUCGAAGAGGUCUUCCUGAGCGAAGGACAAGAGAUUCACCUGGUAAACACCGUCACCGGCCGCUUCCUCCGCAAGAUUCUCCCGCAGCUCGGCGAUUACCACGCCGUGACCGCCACACACAGCGGCUACUGCGUCCUGGCGGAGAAAGGCGCUCGUCACGCCGCCCGCGUCCUCAACCCCCUCACCGGCGUCGUGAUCCGUUUCGCGGCGCCCGUGCCCCUCGAUGUGGGAGUCGCUGAUCUCACUUUUCCCCACGGCUCUUCGGUCCGGCUCGCCGUGUUCUGCGACUCUUCUCGCAAGGCCUACUCAGCGGCUCCUCACAGUAAAAGGUUCGUCAGAUACAAGCAUAAGCAGCAAUCAGCUUUCGAUUACUUCCGGAAGGCGGUCGUGGGUGGUGCCUAUGCAAGCCUUUCUGAAUUAUCCGUAGUUCGUGAGCUGAUGAUUAGCUUAGGCAAGUUUCUGAAUUAUCGGGUUUCGACCAAGGUUUUCUCGGUUGAUCGUCCUGGACAUGGGUACGCCAUUCGGUGUUUCCUAGUGGAUUUGGAUGGGGAUAUAGGUAUCGUCUUGAAGUUCUUGAAUGCACAUGAAGCCCAUUCUCUCUUUGCCCUCCAAUUCGACACCGACACAGGCAAGCUCUGGCGUGUGAAGACCACAGGAAGAUUUGCCAUCUUCAUCGGUGACCACAGGUGCUUCUCCGUCGAUGUUGAUAAGUUCCCAGGAACGGAGGCAGACUGUGUGUACUACACUGAACAUUUGGGUUCGUCCGCUCAUAUCUGCAAGUGCAACAUCAGGGACAACAAAAUAGAGAGGAUCUAUGAGGCUACAGAUUUCGUGAAGCAGGACAAGAAGUUUGUCCUGGUCGCCGACCGUCCUCACACCAUCAUCCACUUCCUCUCCAGCUACACCAUCAACACCCCGGAUUCUCAACUGGCCUUGCAACAGAUUUCAUAAGGCGCUGGCACCAGCAGAUCUUCAUUCAGCUCUGGGAUAGUGAAUUCUCGAUGACCGGACGAUAAGAAGGCUAUGCAUUUGCUAAGUAAUUCUUCAUGUUGUCUUUCUAGUCUUUUGUUUCGCUACUAUGGUUAUGCCUUGCCUUAUGUUAAGCCUAAAACAAUAGGAUGAUUCUAAUGUUAGAUCACCUGUUGUGGAACUGCAGUUUGCAUUCUUAAUUACUACUAGUACUUGGUAUCAACCUAAUGGUACAUCUACUGUGCUUGAUGCUAUCUUA